AUGUCAGAUGGGUGGACAGACAAAAGAGGGCGGCACUUGAUAAAUUUUCUUGUCAAUAGUCCAGAGGGGACUUUUUUCUUGGAGUCUAUUGAUGCAUCAGCUGAGUCACAUGAUGCAAGAAUAUUGGCUGACCUGCUUGAAAAAAAGGUUGAAGAAAUUGGCAAGGAGUAUGUUGUGCAAAUUGUGACGGAUAAUGGAGCAAAUUAUAAAGCGGCGGGAAGAUUAUUAGAACAGCGCAUUCCCGGUCUUUUUUGGACACCAUGUGCAGCUCAUUGUAUCGAUCUUAUGCUAGAAGACAUUGGGAAAAUGAAUGAAUUUAAACCCUACAUUCAAAAGGCUAGGGACGUCACCACUUUUAUUUAUAGACAUGGGAGAAUUCUCAGUGCAAUGAGGGAAAAGACCAAUGGCAGAGAUCCGGUGAGGCCGGCGACUACCCGAUUUGCUACCGCAUUUCUCACUUUGCAGAGUUUAAACAAACAUAGGAAUGAAUUGAGGCGGUUAUUUGUGAGUGAUGAUUGGAGCGAUAACAAGUUGUCAAAAACGUCAAAAGGAAAAAAGGUGAUGGAAACCAUUCUUUCAUCGAAAUUUUGGGAUCAGGUAGAAGAUUGUUUACGAGCAACCCUUCAUCUUUUGAUUGUUUUGAGGAUAGUCGAUGGUGAUGAAAAGCCAGCCAUGCCUAAGCUUUCUUCGGGUAUGAAUCAUGCGAAGAAGAAAAUAACUGAAUCUUUUACGAGCAAUAACAAAACAAGAUUGUUGGCCAAGUUGAUGGAAAUUAUUGAGGAUCGAUGGAGCGAUCAAAUGGAGGUGAAGUUAUAUGGGGCUGCACUAUUCCUAAAUCCUUCAAAAUAUUUUGAAUUGAAGAGGAGUGAUCCCGUAUUUGCUCGUAAGCAACGUCAGUUGUUUAAUGAUGUUCUAGAAAAGAUGAUUGCACAUCGCUUUCAAAAGCGGCGGGAAGAAGGAAACAAUUUUAAUCCCUUAAUUCUUGAAGAAUUUCAAUGGGACAAUGAAUGGGUUGAUGAUUCUCGAGAUUUGGUUCAUGAAGAUGGAGAUCUUGAGUGGCAUCAUGUUGAUGAAGCCGUAGGUGCUUCAAGUAAUCUCAAUAAUUCCAAUCUUCGUAGUAGAGGUGUUGGCGAAUCCUCAGGUCCCCCCAUCGUGUAUGACCGUCGCCAUGGCCCUUCUAAUAGACGUUUGACAAAUGAGGAUGAAGAAAACGAUGAAGAUGAUAUGAAUACUGAAGAUUAA